AUGACACCGUGUGUGUUCGGCGCGCGCGUGUGUCGUGAUUGCGCAACGCUAAUGCCAAGGCACUACGGAUUGACUAGGCCCGCGCCGUCGUAACGCGACGUACUCAGGAGCAGAGGUCCGCGGCGACAUCACGACGUACGAAAUAAUAUGGCGCGCGACCGUCAGCAGUCCCGCACGCAGGCCGCUCGCGCGCAGCUGACUUGCCCCGUUGACCUCGAUUAUGUGCUCAGCGGUCGACUCGAGUGUUGUAUAAUGUAGGUACACCCGCGACGGACGGCUGGUAUUUUUCCCCCAUAUAGCGGCCACACGUCAUAUCAGGAAAGAAAUCCGACGGAAAAAAGAAGUGUUUAUGUGAAAAUCGCGAAACUUAAAAUUAUGAAGAAUAAAUUGUGAAAAUAAAAAUAGCGAACAGAUUUAACAGCAAAAACAAUGAUAGCCUAACCUUUUUUAAAAUAUUAAUUUUUUCUUAAGAUCAAACUUCAGACUUGCGAGACUAACAUUAAAAUUUUAAGGCAAUAAUAACAAUACAAAUAAAACUAGUACAAUAAAUUAUAGACAAUAUUCCAUAAGUUUUCAGUGUUUCCCUAUUUUCGUAAUCAAUAAAAAAGGGAGGAAGUAGUUAUAAACCACUCUACUGUACGUCUGUAUAGUAAUUAGUAACUAUACUUAGGGUGGCCAUAUAUAAAAUACGAAAAUACGGGACAAAGAUCAGAAUUUUUUCAUUAUGAAUAAACAUCUAUUUUUGAUGAAAUGCUUAAAUAUUUUAAGUCUUUAAUCUUAAUUGAUAACUAACAUAUACAUAUUUAACUUACUAAAAUAAUCUAUUUUGGAUAUUUUAUCACAUUUGUCAAUUUUAAAAAUUAUAAAUAUUUUUUUGUACUUAUAAGUAUAAACUAUAAUAAUUAAUAACUAUAAUAUAGUGUAAUAUGAAUAUAUGAUUUAACUGGUGUUCGAAGUUGAUGCUUGGGUAUUUGUUAAAUAUUACAGUUUUUGAUUCCUUCGGCAAAUAUUUUUCAGACGAAUGUAUAUGUCUUAAAAGUUAAAAGUUUUUUAUUUCCCAAUAGAAAGUCAUGAAACUCAGAACGAACACAUACAGUACAUUCCACCUUAAUAUCUUCCUGGCCCAUCUUUUGACAUUUUGUAAUACAUUUGAAUUCGUUUUGUAAACUUUCGUUAAAAACACAUUUUAUUUUAGGCAUAGUUAUUAUUUUAAUUAUUAUUUAUUAGUUCAAUAAAUUGAUAUGAUAGAUUUUAAGAUAUAUACAAUAAAUUUAAUGUUCACACACGAAACGCUGAACGCUAACUGGCUAACUGAGUAACUGGGAAAGUGGGAAAAUAUAAAAAUUAUUAGUGUCCGUUAUUGGUUGAGACUGACCGACACUACGAGAGAUAUCAUAAAUUUUGAUUCAUAAUCCAUAUUCUAUUUACAAAUAAUAUACACAUAUUGUGCUAUAAUAUUAUUAUGUCUUGUCGGUCACGACGUCGUGAUCGUAAUCGUCUCUAUGCGGGCUGUGAUCCAUUGCAACGAAGACCAAAAAUAACUUUAUAUUCGAAUAACCGAAUUCAAUACUUACAAACAGAGGCGUAUCCAGGUAGGGGCUACGGAUCCUGUUGCGGCAAAUUUUUAUUUCGUACUUUAUACACCAACGUCAAUUCAUUAAUAUUUUUCCAGUAAAUGUGUACCCAUCUCCCUCCCCGCUCCAGUCAUAUUAUUUAUAAUGUCAGUACCACUUCAAACUUGCCUAUUUCAUAAUAUUUGGCUAUUUACAGUUUCACCACGGCGCGGAGUCACCGCCCACCGGUAACCAACAUAUGACAAUAUAUAUUAAAAAUAAUAUGUUAAUAAUAAUAACCCAUUAUGACAAUAUGCAUUUAUACGCUGAUUAAACGACGAUAGUUGCUAAUAGCGAAGUUAUUAAUAUCAAGCUAUCAACCGACACGGCGACACAGCUGAAAGCUCUAAACAAUAAACAGUAUAAACCGAAUAGUCUCGUGUAGUCGUGUCUCGGAAUGCCUUUUGUCUCAAAAAGAUCGUAUGUGCAUACCUAUUGCAGGCUAUUACAGUAUUCUGUAUUACCUACAACUGGCUACUGUAAGAUUUCAUUUUAGUCAUGGGUCCUAGGUCAAGGCUUAGCGGAUCAGGGUACAGAAAAAAGGCCGCAGCAAAGGCUUUACGGUAUGCCCCUGUAAUGAAAAAAACCGGCAAAAUAAACAAGUUUUUUUCACAAGCUUCCAGAGUACAAUUACACAAACGCUAUCCUAGUAAUGAUCCGGCAUACUGGUGUGUUGAUGAUACAACAAGAAAUUACAUAUCGGUCAAUGGAAUAUCUCAAAAUAUUGAAACUAUCAGUGGUGUAUUGGUACGGGUACGCGGGUAUACGCCGUAUACCCAUCAGAAGAUUUUCGAUUUUCGGCGUAUACCCAAGGUAAAAUCUUAUUUUACGGGUAUACGCUUCCAAAAUAACCAGAAAACCAAAUAAGAUUUAAAAUUUAUUUAAUAAUUGA